AUGCAGAACCCGGAAUUGUCAAUACUAAAUGCCGAGUCCUUCGACGAUGGCGUGCCAGGGUUCCACGCACCGCGGAGUUUGCCCCCGGCUGGGAGGUCUCGGGUAGCCGGAGAGGACUCCGGCAAGUCAAGGAAGCGGACCAAGACGCAGGCUGUCGACACCUGCGAGCAGGAGGAGGAGGAGAAGAAGCGGUCGCGAGGCAGACCAAGACUUGAUACCAAUGACGAAACAGCAAAGGAUCGCCGUCGCACCCAGAUCCGCCUGGCCCAAAGGGCUUAUCGGAAUCGCAAGGAGACGGCAAUCCAGACUCUGGAAAAGAAGGUAGACCAGCUCAGGAGCAACAACGAGGAGAUGAGCAAGGCCUUCAUGAAGCUGUACGACUUCGCUGUCGGCAAGGGCAUGCUGGACACCGCACCCGAGUUCGGCAAGCAACUCCAGGCGACGACUGAAAAGUUCUACUCGUUGGCACGGAGAACCAGCGAAGACGGCGGAAAAGACGUCGACAUGGCUACCGCUCCAGACCAUGAGUCCGAAGGACAAAGGUCAAGCCCGAACAGCAACCCCGACAAGCCCAGCGAAAAGUCGCCUUCGCCAGACAGGGCCCGGCCAGAGACCCAGCCCGACCAAGUCCUUUACGGGGGAUACAUGGUUGACCACACCUCUGUGGCCCAUCAUCCUCAUCAUCAUUCUCACGCUCUAACCGCCGUCCACACAACCUCCUGGGCGCACAACAGCCAAGCCCUCGAAGCCCGCACCAUCGCCUCCCAGGCACCGCUGGGCUACGAGAUCGUGACGGAGCCGACGCCGGACAAUGCAAGCUUCCCAUUCGGUAUGUCCCUCGAGGGUAGCGGCCUCGACACGGCGGGCCUCCUAGACUCGUCGGGCCAACCCCUCUCCUUCUCCGAGUCUCCUUACUCUCUCCUCUCGGCGCCGAGCUCGUACGCAUACCAGGAGCGGACGUUCGGGCGGCGGCUGCAGCGGUCGACGCUGGAGCGCGCGUACGUCCUGAUGCGCAUGCCCAACCCGCCGCCGAACCGCAUCGCCUCCGUCUUCGGCUUCUGCAUGCUGUUCGAGCCCCGCGAGAAGAUCGUCGAGAGGCUGGCUAACCGGCUCAGUGUGAACCAGCGCGAGACGCUCUUCAACUGGAGGUUCCCGUUCCUGCACCUCGGCGGCGGCGGGACCUUCUUUGACGAGAUGCGCAAUGAGAUGGACGCGAGCGACUUGCCGAGGCACGACAAGUCGUUGCGCACGACGCAGACGCAGGUCGGGAACCAGGGGUCGCUGGAGCCCGAGAGGCAGAAGAUUGACUCAAUGUACGGCAUCGGUCCGUGGAACGCGCAGACGGAGGAGAUCCGCGACGCGAGGGUCGACCACAAGCUGCGCAUGUCUGUGCCGGGGUUCGACGGCGACUUUUACGACGCGGACGAGGUCGAGUGGUCGCUGCGGCAGAGGGGCGUCGUCAUUCCGCCGGCAGCUGAUUUCGUCACGGCUGAGAUCAACCCUGCCGACUUUACGGAUGAGGCCAUCGCAGAGAGGAAUUUCAACCCGCUUGUUGACAACUACAUUGCAACGACGAUGGCUGAGAGUAACUUCAACAUGGCGGCCCCCUUUGGCGAUAAUUCGCAGUCGCAAUCGACGGGCCAGCCCGUGAAUCUCGAGGCAACCGGCACGCCAACGCUGGAUUUCAUGGGCACAACCGCCCAGGGGGCCCCGUCGACAAUGUCGAUGGAAAACCCGAUGAGUCUGGACCCGACUCUCGGUGGGGAUCUAUUUGGUCUAGGUGCUUCUACACCCAGCCAGGUGCCGACGCCGGCGUCAGCCAGGCGGACGGUCACCAUCAACAACUUGGCUCUCGAUCUGUCUGCUUGGGCAGGUCACCCGGGAUCCGGCCGAAGGACGUAA